GUUGUGUGUUUGAACGGUUGCAGGAUGUUACAGUUCGUAUAGCCGCGCCGUAUAGAUUCCUCCUGAUGGAGCUGUAUCGGCAAUUUCUGCGGGCUGAGGAUGUUAUUAAGGCUAUUUCAAAGCAAAUCGAAGAACACUGUUGGUCUACGCUUCAAGAGAUAUGUAAUACCAUAGGAAAUGUGAAAGUAAUUAGACUCAAUCAGGAACAGAUUGAAAGUACUCUUGCUUUGUCUGCGACUCCGGUGACUCAAAAGCGCCAGGCAAAAGUGAGUAUACACUCUAGCAGGUGUGAACAUAGUCCCUUAAAUCGUACCAAAACGUAUCAAAACUCAGGCUCCAGGUCUCCGUUGACAGUGCUAAAGGACACAGGAAAGUCAAAACGACAACUGAGAAGUAGGAGGAAGAGUAUUAAACAGUCGGUACUGGUAAAUGUUUCCCGAAAGAGUAGGAAUAUUUGCCACCAAAAUGAUUCUCACACCUUGAAAGAGAACACUCCCGAGGCAACAACUGCUGUUUUGGAACAAAAGCGUCGAAUACCGGUGGAUACUUCUGAUUUCGAACCACCUCGCAAACGUGCUAGCUAUAUUAAGCAGAAGACGGUCAGUAAGAGUAAUCAGUCGAGUGCGAGUGAAUUGCCUGUCUCGAGGACUGGGAAAAGAGAAGCAUCUGUCGAUAGACUACUUGAAGAGGAUGAAGACUUACCUGUUGACGUACCUGUUCCUCAAGAACCACCUAAUAGACGUUCGAGUCGGAGUCAAAAAAAGACGGUCAGUAAGAGUAAUCAGUCGAGUGCGAGUGAAUUGCCUGUCUCGAGGACUGGGAAAAGAGAAGCAUCUGUCGAUAGACUACUUGAAGAGGAUGAAGACUUACCUGUUGACGUACCUGUUCCUCAAGAACCACCUAAUAGACGUUCGAGUCGGAGUCAAAAACAGAAGACGGUCAGUAAGAGUAAUCAGUCGAGUGCGAGUGAAUUGCCUGUCUCGAGGACUGGGAAAAGAGAAGCAUCUGUCGAUAGACUACUUGAAGAGGAUGAAGACUUACCUGUUGACGUACCUGUUCCUCAAGAACCACCUAAUAGACGUUCGAGUCGGAGUCAAAAACAGAAGACGGUCAGUAAGAGUAAUCAGUCGAGUGCGAGUGAAUUGCCUGUCUCGAGGACUGGGAAAAGAGAAGCAUCUGUCGAUAGACUACUUGAAGAGGAUGAAGACUUACCUGUUGACGUACCUGUUCCUCAAGAACCACCUAAUAGACGUUCGAGUCGGAGUCAAAAAAAGACGGUCAGUAAGAGUAAUCAGUCGAGUGCGAGUGAAUUGCCUGUCUCGAGGACUGGGAAAAGAGAAGCAUCUGUCGAUAGACUACUUGAAGAGGAUGAAGACUUACCUGUUGACGUACCUGUUCCUCAAGAACCACCUAAUAGACGUUCGAGUCGGAGUCAAAAACAGAAGACGGUCAGUAAGAGUAAUCAGUCGAGUGCGAGUGAAUUGCCUGUCUCGAGGACUGGGAAAAGAGAAGCAUCUGUCGAUAGACUACUUGAAGAGGAUGAAGACUUACCUGUUGACGUACCUGUUCCUCAAGAACCACCUAAUAGACGUUCGAGUCGGAGUCAAAAAAAUGUGUCACAGUCAAAGGAUACAGAUGAAAACGAUAUCCAAUCUGGCGAUCGACGUCCAUUGAAUGUAACUGUAACACUUGAUCGUCAUUCUAAUAAUGCGAAUUUGUGCUCUUCAAAUACCGUAGAAUAUGCUAACUUGAAGGCGAUUCCUGCACCAAGCAAUUUCUCAACUACUACACAACAGAAUAAUGCAAAUAAUAAUAAUAAGAUUAGUAAACUCAAAGUGGAAUCACCUUUUGUGGAUCUAACUAACACCAUACAGAAUGGUGUACACCAUUCUUCCUAUUCAGUUGAUUCUAAAGUAAAGCAUGUUUCAAGGCUUCUUACUGGAAAAAGUCAUCAAACGACUACUUUCGGAAAUAAAAUUGCUAAUGAUUAUAAUAAGUCGCGUUUGUUCUCAUCAGCUGAGAGACUUGGUGGUGUUUCAAGGCUUAAUUCCAUCGGUCGAUCCGUCCAACCAUCAUCAAAAGACAAAAGGGAUUCGAAAAUGAAUUCCAUUAAGGAGAGAAUAUCAGCUAACACUUCGUUAAACCGUUCAUUUGUGAAACAGACUAAUCGACCAAUCUCAUCUAUUUUGUCUGCAAAAGACAAACUACUUGAAGAGAAAAAAAAACUUAUUAUGGAACAUAUUGAAAAGAAAAAUGAACGUUUACGUGCUUUUCAAGAAGAGAAAAGACUAAAAACGGAAGCUCGUAAAAAAGCUAAUGAUGAACGUCUUCUAGCCGUUCAACAGAGAUAUCAACAAUUGUUGCAAGGAAAUCAUUUGCAAGUUAAAAAUCAUCAUUCAAAUCAUUAAAAUAAAAAUAAGGAAUUACAACAAGAAAUACGGCUGACAAUCGUACUCCCUCAAAAAUCCGUGAUACCAUUACUACGGAAACUUCCAGUUGAAUCUUGAUUGAAUCUCUUUACGUUGUUCCACUGGCAACGUUGUGGAUGUUUGUGGUAAAAUGCUCAUGGUAAAAUAAUAAUUUUGCCAGCAGCUCAGCGUUUGUUUUAAGAAAGUAUACUUUUAGUAUACACUCUAACAAUAAUUUGACAAUUUCGAAUAUCCUGUUCUCAGGGAAGUUCUUAUCUUUUUCUUAGCAUCUUUGGUGGUUUGCUGCUUGACUGACAUCCUAACAUGCACAGCUUACUAUUCAUUUUUCAAAUGUAUCCUUUAUAUACGGCUUUUUUCAUGCAGACUCUAGAAAGAACACUGCUAUUGCGUUUACGGCAGUGAAUGCCGUGUCAUGUCAUGUCAUCACUCAAAAAUGUGUUAAUCCAUAUUAGUUUGUUUAUUAGAUGUAUCACACAGUGAAAUAGCAUUAUUUACUGGAUUACCCAGUUUCGAACAGAAUUUAUUGUUCAUAAUCAUAUCACUUUAUAAUCACACGACUUCGAACUUGAGUUUUAUAGUCUUCUUUGUUCUCUCCUAUUUGUCGUCACUGGGGUAGUAGAAUUUUCCAGAUAUCUGGGUGGACAGAUGUUGAAUCAUUCCUAUUACACGUAUUUGCAGUUGAUUCGAUAAACAAAGCUUCUAUUACCAAUUUCUCUCUCCACUCAGCUCUGACGUUAGAUUUGUGUGUAAUUGCAUGUAGUGAGUGCUAUAGCUGAACUAUUCUCUAGAUUUCUUAUCUUAUUUGGGUCAGCUAAUCUAGAUUUUGCUAGGUUUUUAUGUUCGGCUAGUCUGACUGCCCCUGUUCUACAAGUUUGACCUAUGUAUCGGCCUGAUAAUCAUUGCAGACAGGGUAUUAGAUCAACUAAAUUGUUUUGUUUAAAAAGUCCACAGGAUUGAUCCUUUAACCGACAAAGCUUGUUUCUAAUUGAAUUUGUGAGUUUAAAUGCCACUUUUAUAUGUUACUUAAGCAAUAACUGUCUCUUCAUCCUUUGUCGUCUGUGUGUCGGACAAGUGGUAAGGUGCAUAUUGUGUGUGUAUAUCUAUCAAGGUAGACACUAUUCUUAAAACACGCUGUUUCAAUUUGAAUUUAUUUCAGGAAAAUCUUCCAACUACUGCAAGUACGAAUGUACAAGCUAAGCCAUUACAGGCCGCUACUACUACUAAUAAUAAUAAUCCAGCGAAAAAGUGUUUAGUAAGCCUAAUUACUAAAGAUCACAAUAAUAUACUAAAAAUGCAAAACAAACCUGUUAGUGUAAUUAACCCAGCUCAACCAGCAAGCAUUCAGAAAGUUCACACAAAUCAACCUGUCGGAGUACUGCAAGUACAGAAGAAAGUGGUUGAGCCUAAUGCAGUACCAGUAGUCGAGGAACCUUUCAAUAUAUCAAAGUUGAAUUCAGAUUCGGAAUCAGACGAUGAAGAUUCAGGUGGUCAUUGUCCAGAAUGGUGUCGUAAAGGCAAUACUGAUCUGAUGGAUGCAUUUUGUGAUUCGCAUUCAAUUAAAAUGAAAUGGCAAGAGGAAUUCCUGCCUGCAUCAAUGCUACCAUUCAGUAUUCCUGAAAUAUUCCGUGAUUUUAAGUAUACAUUGAAACCACGUACAAGUAGUGCAAUAUGGGAUGAAAGUCCUUGCCGUAGUCGAAGCAAUUCUAUGAAUCAUUCUGGUUCAACAAAAAUCCCUUUACCUUUAUAAGAUAUUCUUUUUUCAAUUCGUAAAUUUUCUGUUCUGUUCUACUUUCCAAAUGAUAUAUAUAUAUGUGUGUGUUUAUUACUUUAUUACUAUAAUAUUUUCAAAUUUGUUGUUGUACAUUCAUGUUAGAUAAAGAAUAUAUACAUAUAUUAAUGUCUUU